UAACAAGUCAUAACACCUCAACCAGUCCCCAGAGAAAUUCGAGUUGCAGUCCUGCAGUUCGUCCACUAAUCAAAAAGAUAAUCAGUUUGUGCGUCUGCCAUCAUGACACUUCCCGCCCUAACUUGAAUUUCAAGAUAGCGAGCACGAGCCGAGCGUGGGUCGAACCAGAAACGUGCGAAGCGUGGAAGGACUUAGCUACAUAGCAGUGGUUACAAGGAGUUGAGCGAGCACGAGCCGAACGUGGUCCAACCAGAAACGCGCGAGGCGUGGAGGGACUUGGCUACACAGCAGUGGUUACGGGGAGUUGAGGAUUUUGGUCGAAGAUAGCUAUCUCCAGAGCUCACGCCGAGUAUGGCUCUACAGCCUUUUACAAACGAGCAGCUGAAUUACUUCAAAUUUGCCUCAGUUGUACUUAAUGAGUUCGCCACUGCUUUGCGUCAGACGUUCAAAUCCAUGUGGGACAACAGAUAUGGACAUCGUUCAGGGUAUAAACUGUGGGAUAACUCCAUGGUAGUAAGAAAUUUGUUUCUCGCUGAAGAGGGUGGAAAAACUAAAGUUCCCACACACAUCUCCUAUGAAGAAUGGGAUUGUACCGCUCUGUUCCAGGCCACCAUCUAUGCAAGGUCCUUCGCUAUGCCAGAUAGCAAAGGUCAUUACAAGACACUUGGUGAACUGUACAUAAAGCACCACAAAGUGCCCCUUGGAAAGUUCCAUCCAUCUGUUGCGAGUCCAAGUGGAAAUACAGCCGAAACCUUCGCUUUCGCGAUUGAUCAGCUUCGACUUUUACGAAACUCGCUUUGUCACUCAGACAAGUCAGAGAUUGAUAAACCAACCUUUGACCAAUACGUGCAGCUCGCUAAAGAAGCAUUCAAAGCUCUUGGUAUCAUGACAGAUCCCAUUGAUGCCAUCGGUGGAUUGACAGAGUCUGACUUUCCCACGAAAGAAGUUCGCAAAUUGGAAGAAAGUUUCAGACAGGAGACCAGAUCAUAUAUCGAGUGUCUCGAAGAGGUGCAGUCAGGUGUCGACAAAUUAGUAGCACAGGGGAAUGCUAUUGCUGUGUUGGAGGGAAAAAUAGAUGAUUUGAAACGUAAGAUGGAUCAAACUCAAACAGAUUCAAAGCCAUUCCUUCCACCAUCAAAUCUUCCUUCAAGGGUUCCACACUUCACUGGCCGUCAGAGAGAAUGUGAAGACAUCAGCCGUCACUUAACUUCCAAAAGUUCCCGGAUCGUGUCCAUAUGGGGCUCGCCUGGUUUUGGUAAGACUUCUGUGGCAACUGAAGUCGGACAUCAACUCCAAACUGGUGGACUUCCCGUAUACUUCUUCUCUAUGCGACGACUUCUUUCAAAAGCCGGUCUGACUAUGCAGCUUCUGAGCUUCUUUAAAAGACACUCCACAAAAGAUCAAAUGCCUCAGCGGAUGUCCCUUGAAGACGAACUUUCCCUCUUUCUAAGCAAUAUUUCAGGUGAAUUUGUGAUAAUUCUUGACAAUGCCGAUGACUUGCUCGAAAAUGGAGCACCCAAUGUGAAGGAGGAUUUCAUCAACCUUCUGGAAGUCAUUCUUAGUCAAUUCAAGAAUUUAACAUUUCUUCUUACCACAAGGGAAUCUCUUGAGUUUAUGAAUGUGCAUUUUGAAGGCCAUCAAGCAGUAAGAAUAGGGCCAUUACACGAGUCCUUCUCUCAAACCUUAGUCGGCGGAUUACUCCCAAAAGCGACCGCGUCUGACUGCUCGAAUAUUGCAAAACUCUGCGGGUUCGUACCUUUGGCCAUGAAACUGUUCUGUUCCUCUAUUGCUGAAGAUAAUGCUCAGCCGACUCAAUUUUUAGUUAGCUUCAAGGAAUCUAUAGAAGAUAACCUUUUGGAGCUGUUGGACGAUUCAGAUUAUCCAAGCAAUCUGCGAUUGAAGUUCCUAUUUGAAUCCUCUUUUCAGAGACUCUCUCUAUCAGACAAAGAAGCCCUGGUAUCACUUAGUGUUCUUUCUGGAGAUUUUAACCACUCAGUUGCUGCAGCUGUCAUGGGUGUAAAAACAACUCUGGAGGCCAAGAAAAUCUUGCAUAGGCUUCGGAAGAAAUCCUUCCUCGACUAUAGCUUCAAACCUGAGUCAUUUUCGAUGCAUAAGUUGAUUCUGUCGUUUGUAAGGGAAAGAGGUCAAGAUGAAAUGAAAGAGGCCAUGCUGAACUCCAAAGCACGUUUGUCUGCAUUUUACGUCUCUCUUUUCGAGCAGCUAAAUCAACAGUUUUUGACAGGACAAUCCAUGCAAGCAUUUAUUGACUUCUAUGAAGAGAAGCAGAAUAUUAUUGAGAGUCUUAUGGAGAGCUGCUCCGAUCCUAAGACAUGUGACGUUGCAUUUGGUGUCCUGACAAAAGCAGAAAUCUUUCUAGAUUCCCUUUUCUGGUGCGAAGGGAAAAUUAUCGACAAAAUUUACGAUCACGCAACUAAAGAAGCUCAGGCGUUUGGAAAAAGCGUAUUCUACAGUCAGUUACUGGUGUCCUUGGCAUUCACCGAACUGACUUGGGGGAUACAUGGAAGAUCGAUGACGAUGCUCUCUGAAGCCGAAGGCCUUUCGUUGUCGGUAGAUGAUAAAAGAAAAAUCCUGUCUUAUAAAGGCAUCUGUCAACUGGUUUCAGGCAAAAUAGACGACGGAGCUCAGAACUUGCAAGAAGCUCUUUGCUUGAUGAGUGACAGCCCGGAACAGCGAAUUCUCAGCAUAACUGCACUGCAAAUUCUUGUUACUUACUUUCUUUUCAAUAAAAAGAAAGCAACUUCACUAGAGUUUUAUACCAAAGCUUUACAUGAAUGCAGAGCAUUAGGAGACACAGGCCUUCUUGUUAUUCCUCCGGUGAAUAACAAAGAUUUGACAAUGAUCGAAGCAGAUAUGCCGGAACCAGAUGUUAUAACCACUCAACCACUUAGAUUAGAAACUAUUUGCGUUGUUAGCAAAGCAACAGAAAUGUUCUCUGAUUACGAAACAAAGCAAGCAAUAAGCAAAUCUGUGCUAAGGAUGUCAAAUCAAACAAAAACACAGAUCCUCCCACAUUCCAUUGGUUCAUGGACCUUCCAGCGCAACAUCAGUUCGACACUUAAAAAUGUACUGAAUAAUCCCGAGGAGGCAUCAAAGUUGUGCGACACACGGAUCAGUUAUCAUAAAAAGACCUUAAAACAAAGUGGAAAAGUUAACGCAGGAGAUAAAAAAAGUUACUUUAAUCUCGGAGUAACACAACAUGCUUUAGGAAAUUUCUCGUCAGCACUUCAGUCCAAACAGCGUGCUCUUGACAUAAGAGUUAAACUCUUCGGGGAAGAACACCCAGACACAGCCAAAAGUUACUUUUCUAUCGGAGUAACACAACAUGCUUUAGGAAAUUUCUCGUCAGCACUUCAGUCCUAUCAGCGUGCUCUUGACAUAAGAGUUAAACUCUUCGGGGAAGAACACCGAGACACAGCCGAAAGUUACUUUUCUAUCGGAGUAACACAACAUGCUUUAGGAAAUUUCUCGUCAGCACUUCAGUCCGAUCAGCGUGCUCUUGACAUAAGAGUUAAACUCUUCGGGGAAGAACACCGAGACACAGCCAAAAGUUACUUUUCUAUCGGAGUAACACAACAUGCUUUAGGAAAUUUCUCGUCAGCACUUCAGUCCAAACAGCGUGCUCUUGACAUAAGAGUUAAACUCUUCGGGGAAGAACACCGAGACACAGCCGAAAGUUACUUUUCUAUCGGAGUAACACAACAUGCUUUAGGAAAUUUCUCGUCAGCACUUCAGUCCCAUCAGCGUGCUCUUGACAUAAGAGUUAAACUCUUCGGGGAAGAACACCCAGACACAGCCAAAAGUUACUUUUCUAUCGGAGUAACACAACAUGCUUUAGGAAAUUUCUCGUCAGCACUUCAGUCCGAUCAGCGUGCUCUUGACAUAAGAGUUAAACUCUUCGGGGAAGAACACCGAGACACAGCCGAAAGUUACUUUUCUAUCGGAGUAACACAACAUGCUUUAGGAAAUUUCUCGUCAGCACUUCAGUCCCAUCAGCGUGCUCUUGACAUAAGAGUUAAACUCUUCGGGGAAGAACACCGAGACACAGCCAAAAGUUACUUUUCUAUCGGAGUAACGCAGCAUGCUUUAGGAAAUUUCUCGUCAGCACUUCAGUCCCAUCAGUGUGCUCUUGAUAUAAGAGUUAAACUCUUCGAUGAAGAUCACCCAGACACAGCCAAAAGUUACUUUGCUAUCGGAGUAACACAACAUGCUUUAGGAAAUUUCUCGUCAGCACUUCAGUCCCAUCAGCGUGCUCUUGACAUAAGAGUUAAACUCUUCGGCGAAGAACACCCAGACACAGCCGAAAGUUACUUUUCUAUCGGAGUAACACAACAUGCUUUAGGCAAUUUCUCGUCAGCACUUUAGUUCAAACAGCGUGUUCUUGAUAUAAGAGUUAAACUCUUCGGGGGAGAACACCGAGACAGCCAAAAGUUACUUUAAUCUCGGAGUAACACAACAUGCUUUAGGCAAUUUCUUGUCAGCACUUCAGUCCAAACAGCGUGCUCUUGACAUAAGAGUUAAACUCUUCAAGGAAGAACACCCAGACACAGCCAAAAGUUCUUUUCUAGGAGUUUGCUAGGAUUAUAGUGAAACUAGCACUCCAACGAUUUUCUUUCCUAAAGGACACCCGCGAAGGUGGGAAGUAACCUUAACAACUCAGUUGAUAAAACCAAAUUAUCUUGCUAUACUCUCCCACUGACGCAGCACCACACUUUCUUUAGAAACUCACUGCCUGUAAUGAUAAAACCCAGUUGAAGGACUCCUUCCCUUUUAAGCUGUGUAGAAGAGUAAACCCCGGUCACUCUGGGAAGAAAAAUGACUCGGAUUUGCAGAAAAUUAAACAAUUUGGGAAAACUUGAAGGAACCAUUUAGUCUUGUUUUUUUUCUUUAACUAAAAAUAAACGAUUUUAAACUUCACCUCAAUGUUUCUUUUCAGAAACUUCAUUAAAAAACACUUCCUUUCUUAAUCUGAGUUUACUCGAGAUAAAAAUGUCAUUUUUGACGUUUUAGUGACAUGGAAACGAAUUAGUUGAAGAGGUUCGCGUGGCAUCA